GCUUUAUGCGAAGAAGGCGCUAUAUUCUGAACCAGCCGCUAGCGCCUGUUGAGCGUCGUCGGAUGCAGAUUCUUUUGUAUCGAACGCUCUGUUACAGAGCGAAGUCCUUUCUUCUGAAUUAUUCAAGACGUAUAAGUUUAUCGUCAUUAGAAGCAGCUUGUCCUCGGUUAUCGUGUAUUUCUACUCAGUGGCGGUGCAAUUCCUGGUUGGCCAGAAUGCCUGGCAUUGAAUAUCCGAAACCGAGGCGUGCCAAUGUCAGAGAUGAGCUCCAUGAACAAAUGGUAGAAGAUCCUUACCGAUGGAUGGAAGAUCCUGAUGCGGAAGAGACAAAAGCGUUUGUCAGCGCUCAGAAUGCUAUCUCAAAAAGAAUUAUUGAAGAAUGCCCAUAUCGAGAACAGAUCAAAGGAAGACUUACCGAACUGUGGAAUUAUCCGAAGUACACUGCGCCAUCAAGAAAAGGCGAGCACUAUUACUACCGCAAAAAUGAUGGCUUGCAGAACCAAUACGUGCUGUAUCGCAAACAGGGACUGAAUGGAUCACCGGAAAUAUUCCUCGAUCCUAACCUGCUAUCUGAAGACGGCAGCGUCGCGUUGACUGUGAGCAAGUUUUCGGAAAAAGGCACUUACUAUUGCUAUGGCCUUUCUGAGUCAGGAUCGGACUGGUCGACGUUAUACAUCAAGGACUGCAAAACGAAGAAAGACUUACCGGAGAAGCUGGAAAGGUUUCGAUAUUCGAACGUAUCAUGGACCAAGGAUGAGAAGGGUCUCUUCUACGGACAAUACGCUGAUUGGACCGGUAAAGUGAGCGGAACUGAAGCUAAAGCUGCUACAAACCAGAAAAUAUUCUAUCAUAAGCUGAAUACACCUCAGGAGCAGGAUAUACUGGUCGCUGAGUUUGUCAAAGAACCAAAUUGGAGGAUGGUGACGGAAGUGUCGGACUGCGGCAAGUAUCUCGUCCUAACCGUAAUGGAGGGUUGUAAAGAUACGAUGAUUUAUGUUUCCGACAUUUCUCAAGGUAUAAACGGGCCUCUUGAGCUAAAGUGCGUUUACGGAAAAUUUGAUUGUCAACUUAACUACUUGGCAAACGACGGCGAAACCUUCUAUUUCCACACAAACAAAGACCGACCCAAUUACGGUAUCAUCAAGUUUGAUCUGAAGAACCCGGAAGAGUGGAUCGACGUAGUACCUGAAGACAAGCAAAACGUACUUGAAUGGUCACAAUGUGCUAAUGGAGACAAGCUGAUUCUGGCUUAUUUGAAAGAUGUUGCCAACGUUAUUAAUAUCCACCAUCUUCAAACCGGCAAAUACAUGCAAACUCUUCCAUUCGAUAUUGGCACGAUUGGAGCUAUGACCGGCGAACGUAAUGACUCGGAGCUGUUUUUUAAUUUCGUCUCAUUUUUGACGCCUGGAACGAUUUAUCGUUGCGAAAUUGAUAAGGCGCCUAACGCCACGUUGGAAGAGUAUCAACGAAUUCAGCUUGAUGGAGUAACAACCGACGAUCUUACUGUGAAGCAAAUCUUCUAUGAAAGUAAGGACUCUACGAAGGUGCCGAUGUUCAUUAUUCGACAGAAGGAUGCUUCACUUGAUAGUACUGCUCCAUGCCUCCUUUACGUUUACGGAGGGUUUAAUAUUUCUGUCCAGCCUUCGUUUUCGCCCUUCCGACUAAUGCUCGUGAAGCUACUGGGCUUUACUGUAGCCGUCGCCAAUGUACGAGGAGGCGGUGAGUAUGGUGAUGUCUGGCAUAAUUCGGGUAGACUAAAGAACAAACAAAAUACCCUAGAUGAUGUGCAUGCUGCGGCAAAAUUCCUCGCUGAUAAUGGGUAUACAACAGCUAACCGGAUUGCUUUGAUGGGUGGAUCCAACGGUGGUAUGGUUACCACCGCUUGCAUUAACCAACGGCCAGAACUCUUCGGCGCCGCUGUUGCUCUGGUACCCGUCACAGAUAUGUACCGUUUCCAUAAAUUCACAGUUGGCAGCGCCUGGUGCUCGGACUAUGGAUGCCCAGAUGUAGCAUCCGACUUUAGUGUGCAGGCAACUUACUCACCUCUACACAACGUGCCACAAAAUAUUGAUAACUUUCCAAGUCUUCUGGUGUUGACAGGCGACCAUGAUGACCGAGUAGUACCGUCCCACUCAUUAAAAUACAUCGCCGAAGUUCAGCAUCGUUUAGGCGACAAAAAUAAGAACCCGCUGCUGGCGCUCAUUGAUACAAAAGCGGGACAUGGCUCGGGCAAGCCAACCUCCAAAGUUAUUGCAGAGCUUGUCGAUGUCAUAUGCUUCCUCUACAAGACGCUUAACUUGAAAUACAGCCUCUAAUUUGAUAAAAAAAAAAAACUCGAUAUAAAAUAUCAGCUGGUCGUCAUGCUUUUUUAUUUUUUUUAUUCAUUUUUAAAGCAGUAUGUUUUCUGCUUCUGCUUAGUGGACUGAGUCGGAUACACAACAAAGAGGCGAUAGAAACAGCGUCUAAUAGGAAAACGUUUAGGCUAUCAAACUUACAGCAAUAGAUCGGAUAUGAGUCUAUUUAUAUCUAUAAUUUAAUUUCGAAAUCUAGAUUACGUUGCAAAUUCGUUGCUUGACGGAUAUCUGAUUGAACUUAGUUAAGCGAAUAGCUUUUACACUAUUCCAAAUGCUAUCUACUUCGAUAUGGCUACACGAGUAAUGGUAAAUGCUGUAUUAUUUUCUUAUAGAAAUAAAGGUGAUCCAAAGUAAACAUGU